AUGUACGGCUGUCAAGACGGUGCACUGCCAAUCGGAAUGGAAAAUCGUGAAAAGCAUUACACAACCUUACAAGGUAUGGUUCCCACAUCUGUAGUCUCAGCAGGAGAAGAUGAUCGAUACAAAGCUAACGGUACAUCGUCGUGCAUACGACCACUUAUUUCUUCAACCUCGAGCAACUCCCCAUGCUCUCCUCCUUGUCCUAUAUCCGACUGGGUACUGAGAAAGGGAACUCUUUCUCUUAUUGCUUCCGCAAUCUACAUCAGUUUAGUUGUAAUAUGCAUAUGUUCGUUCAUUGUUUUCUAUACUUGGGCAAAAGUGAAAGAAUUGCGUCAGUUUCCGCACUCGAUUACUUUGCUCACGACAGUUUUCUACCUGGUGACAGUGGUACAUUUUGCUAUUAUAUUUUUCGUGGGACGCCGUGGUACCUACUGCUCGCACAGCGACGCAUUGGGCACGUGGGAGAAUCCAAGUACUCUUUGUAUCGUUCAAGGUGCAGUUUAUCAUUUCACGUUUCUGACGUCUUUCUUUUUGUUUACCACGUCCGUAUCUAACUUCUAUGUGGCUAUAUGUGACCUUAAGAAGCCCGGACAAAGAGGCAUUUUGAGACGUCACUCGAAACUAGUUUUGUUUCUUGAGAUCGUCUUUGCCUUGGGUGUUUCUGCAACAAUCGUGUCCGCUAUUCUCGGCACUGUCUCUUAUCAAAUCGACCCCAUUCAAUUCAUAUGUUUACCGACUGGAAAUAGUCGGUUCUACUCGUACACAGUGCCAACUCAGGUUGCAUCAGUGAUUGCCUUUAUCAUGGCGAUACUUAUUAUAAAGCGCAUGAGACAGUCUUUUAAAUUUCAAAUCAAACAGAGAGCAAUAAACCAAGAAUUCAAAGUCGUAGGAGUCGUUAUCACUCGCCAUUUCUUGGUUCUAGUAACGGUGGCUCCACUUCUGUUUGUAUUCGCAUCUACUAUGUUUGAGGUUUACAACUACUUUUGGUCCGAAAAAAAUGACCAGGAACUUGCGAAUUACAUCUUGUGCCAAAACAGAAACAGCAGCAGUGACUGUAUUUCGGAAUUUGACGACUUGGGCGGGACACUAUUGUAUUGCACCUUUCCAGUGUCUUUGGCUAUCUUUGGCGUAUUGCUGACGAUAUAUAGCCUCUUUCCUGGACCAGCCAGAAGGCUGUGGAUCGAAUACUUUCAAAAGUGUCGGCGCCUUGUGGCAGAAACGAAGAGUAACUGGCAGAAAGGAACGCAUGAAAACAACGGUAGAAGUCGAGAACAGUCGGCGAAGAAGGACCACGAAGUCUCCGUUAAAGAUUCUAAUCCGAAACGAAAGUUCGACAGACGAGAGACAACUGUAAAAGUUAGUGAUACUUUAGAUGAAAAAGAAGACUUUAGCCUAAACGAUGAAGAGAAUAUUGAUUGUACGACAGAAGACAGUCAAAGGAGGUUUUCAAGGAGCGUCCAUUCCAAGCAUGCAGAUGCUAAUUACUGCCAAGAAUACGACCCUGUCGAAGAUGACAAAACUUGUGAAACGUGUGGCGUUUUCAAGCAACAGGAUGACGACGAGGACAACGCUUACAAAGAAACAACUCCAAAGAGUAACAAGAAAGGAAACACAGUCUCUGAAAUCCUGAUGGAAAAAGGGACAAAUGAGUCUGAAGAGGAUGGUGUUGUGGAGUAGAUGCUGGUAAUUAGCAUAAACUAAGAUGUGCACGUGGUUACAAUAUCUUUGUGACCGACGGCUGCUCGGAGCGUCAGUACUAUUGCAACUAACCUAGACAGUAUGUCAAAAUAUAAUGAACUUACAAUUUG